GUCACGCAAACCUCAGGCGGCGGGGGGGCACGGCGGGUCCGGAGCGGCGCCGUUAGGGAAGAGGAUGAUCAAAACCCGCGUGUAUCCCGCCGGGGGCAAGUGGGCCAUCUGGCAUAACCCUUUAUCGCUAGUAUCGGGAGCGUGGUAUUGGAAGGAUGAAACCAACACUCUCGAAUUUCUGAGCUUCGUACCUACAACUGAAACCAAGGAGAAAACAAAGAAGGGCAAAGCAAUCCACUUUCAGGAAGUUGGCAGCAAAACUACAGAAAGGUUCCCUGAGAAAAGAAUAGAGAAAGUAAAGACAGAAGAGAAAGCUAAAACAUCUAAACGAAGACAAAGUGACAAGGUUACUUUGGAAGAUGUUAAAUAUGUUGCUUUGUUUUUGCUACAGAAUGAUGAGAAACAUCACCAUCGCUCCUUUACAGCCUUUAUGAGGAAUAAACAACUAGAUAAUUUCCUCCUGGCAUUGAUUUACUACUUAUCUUAUUAUCUGGAAAAAACGUCACUGGAAAAGAAGCCCAAGACCUACAUGGCGACUCUCUUAGAAAAAAAAGAGAUGGCAGAAACCUUAGCUAAGUUGGAGAUUUCCCAGAAACACCUUGCCCAGAUGUACAGUGUCCUUAUUUUGGGACUGGGAAUGGCAGACAAGCACCACAUGGCUGGCGGAAAGAAAAAAAUCUCAGCCUCACAAAGAGACCGAAAUUUCUUUGAGUCCUUCUACACUUUCUCCACCUGCGUCGCUUGGAUAGUCUUUCAACGAAGAUAUCUGACGGAGAUUGAGGAAGAAAUAGGGAGAAUCCUUCGUACCAGCAUCUUUAACGCUUCGCGAGGAAAACGUGGCGAGGCAGGGCCUGCGGAAGAGAAGAGGAAAAUGACUUUUGUGGAAUUCAGGAAGAUGAUGGCCAGGCGCCCUGCCAUAAGAAGUGCUGUUAACAUGCGCUCUCCGGUUCUCUCUUCUCUGCUGCCGUCUCCCAAAGAACACGCUCAGCUUCUUUUUGAGAAGAGCAGCCUCCACCGUGGUGAAGCUUUUAAAUCCUGCAGCAGCAGAGACUUGUCCAGUCUUGCCUCCACGGUGUUCACACCCACGGUUGGCAUUCUGGGACAUCCUCACUGCCAGUUCAAUGCCCAUACGCUCCUCCCUCUGGUGGAGGAAGAGAAGAAUAAGGAACACAUGGAAAGAAGCUAUUCCUUCUUCAACAUGGACCCGUCCGAUCCGAGUCCUCAAUCUGGAGACACUCAGGGCAGCGAGACUUCUUAAAUCACGAUGAAACUCUCUCUUAGGCAGCCAUUUCUGCUCUCCAUUCUGCAUCUCGGAAGCGAGCCGGACUGUUUCAACUUCCUGCCGUUUGUCAUUUCCUUCAUCCAAAUUGGAACUCUUUUGUGGACGGUUAGAUCAACAGAAAGUUCAAGAUUUUGAUAUUGAUUUGAAGUAGCUCUCUUUUAUCUCUUAGGAAUUGAUUUCUGUAGCUUUUUCAAAUCGAUUCAGAAGAAUGCAACGGAGAGCAAGUGCCGCUGAUUUAACCGAGUAAAAUUAAGAAUGAAGGCUA